AGUGCUUUGUGUGAUGUAACAGAUGGCAGGAUGCUCAGAUUGUAGAUCAACACGAAAACUUUCAAGAAGGAAGGAACCCACGUUUGAAGCUAAUUUGAAGCAAAAUCGUCUUGCCUCGAUCGUAAUUUUAAUUUAGUGAUUAGUCCAAAAUGACGGAAAAACCUGCAAUGAGUUUUCACGACAUGGAAAUUGAUGAUAGAAUUUUAAAGGCUGUGGCAAAAGAAGGUUGGACAGAACCAACACUUAUUCAAGAGCGAACAAUUCCGCUAUUCCUCCAAGGGAAAGAUAUUCUGAUUCGUGCUCGUACUGGUUCAGGAAAGACUGGUGCAUUUGCCAUUCCUACUAUUCAGAAAAUAUUAAACUCAAAAUUGGUUGCUACUGAGCAAGCAGUCAAGGCCCUGGUACUUGCUCCUUCUAAAGAAUUAUGUCAGCAAAUUGCAACAAAUUUUCAUCAGCUAACUUACAAAUGUUCUAGGGAUGUUCGUAUUUUAGAUAUUUCUCCUCAGGUAGACAUCAAUGUCCAGCGACCCUUGCUCAUAAGCAAGCCAGAUAUUGUUGUUUCUACUCCAGCACGGGCACUUCUUCAUUUACAAGCGAGAAGCUUACUUCUUAAAGAUAGUUUGGAAAUUCUUGUAAUUGAUGAGGCAGAUUUAAUUUUUUCACAUGGAUAUGAAUCCGAACUCAAGGAAUUACUUGGGUUUUUGCCCCCUGUUUACCAAGCCGUUUUGGCCAGUGCCACUUUGUCAGAUGAUGUGUUGCAGCUGAAGAAGCUGGUUCUUCACAAUGCUGUGAUCCUGAAACUAGAGGAACCAUCUCUAGCACCUGCCUCUCAACUUCAGCACUAUCAUUUAUCUGCCCAAGAGGAUGACAAAGCUGCUAUUCUGUAUGCGCUCAUCAAACUGCAUUUAAUCCGGGGCAAAACGAUUAUAUUUGUCAACAAUGUUGACCGGUGUUACAAGCUAAAGCUAUUUUUAGAGCAGUUUGGUGUCCCGACUGUAGUGCUUAACUCAGAACUGCCUGCUGUUACUCGAUGCCACUCAGUGAAUCAGUUUAAUCAAGGAAUAUAUGACAUUAUUAUUGCAUCUGAUGAAGCAACACUUGAUGAACCAGAAGAGGCUGGACCAUCUAAAAAAAAAAAGAAGAAAACUGAUGAACAGGAUGAGAAACAAAGAAGCAAACGAAAGAAAGAUAAAGAAUCUGGAGUUUCUCGAGGCAUUGACUUCCAAUUUGUUUCUAAUGUGAUAAAUUAUGAUUUCCCUCCAGACAUAAAUUCUUAUGUCCAUAGAGUGGGACGGACAGCUCGUGGCAAGAACAAGGGCACUGCUUUGUCAUUUGUAAGUUUACGAGAACAGCCUCUGUUGGAAAAAGUCGAAGAACAUUUAAAUGAUGAGCAUGGCCAGGAGAAAGUACUGAAAGCCUAUCAAUUCAAGUUGGAGGAAGUGGAGGCCUUUAGGUACAGAGCUAGAGAUGCUUGGAGAGCUGUCACAAGAAUUGCUGUUAGAGAAGCACGGCUCAAGGAAAUAAGACAAGAAAUAUUUAACUCGAAUGCCCUCAAGAGUUAUUUUGAUGACAAUCCUAGGGACUUCAGCUCUCUGCGGCAUGAUAAAGCAUUGCACACUGUUAAACUCCAGUCUCAUUUAGCAGAUGUGCCUGAGUAUAUUGUACCAGAUGCUUUAAAAAGACUUGCUGGUAUUAGCAGUACUAGCCGAAAACGUCGUGCAUAUUACAACAAAAACUCAUCUCAGGAACAUUUCAAUGCUAAGAAGAAAAACCCACUGCUAAGUUUGGAAUUUGAAAAGUUUGGAAAAGGGAAAAAGUGAAUAAUAAAUAAUUUAUCUAUUA